ACCGGGUCACCCUGACUCGGCUGGAGCGAGCUAGUUUUUAAAAUAGUAAGUAAAAUGAUUAGAAUAACAAAACCUCACGGAGAAAGAAGUUUGGGCUUAACCCCUCUCUCAAUUUUCAAAUUCACCGCCAAAUGAAAAUUCCCGCCGAAAAAACGAGGUGGGAAAAACAAAAUGUAACUUACUGGCAAUGGUGUCACUGAACGAGAAGCUGUAGCAAAAAUGGAGAAUGGGUUGAUAUCGGUGGAUCGUUGGGCGGAGGGAAGCCACGUUUACUUCCUUACCCACCUCCACUCCGACCACACACAAGGCCUUACAUCCUCCUGGUCUCACGGCCCUCUCUUCUGUUCUCGCCUCACCGCCAAACUCCUCCCAUUCAAGUUCCCCAAUUUCGACCUCUCCCUCCUUCGCAUCCUCGAAAUCGGAACCUCCCACACCCUCUCUCUCCCUUCUCCUUCCUCUUCUUCCUCUCGCACCACCAUCCAGGUCACUGCCAUCGACGCCUGUCACUGCCCCGGUUCCGUUAUGUUGCUGUUUCGCGGCGAGUUUGGUUGCGUGCUUCACACCGGGGACUUUCGUUGGGAACACACUUGUGAGAAGGCGAGGAAGGCCAAGGACAUGCUUCGCUGUGCUCUCAAGGAUGAUGGUGAUGGGGUCGAUGUUCUGUACAUUGAUAAUACGUACUCUAAUCCUACAUAUGAUUUUCCAACUCGCAAAGUUGCGGCUCAGCAGGUUAUUGAUAUCAUUUCGUCCCAUCCUGACCAUGACAUUAUUAUUGGGAUUAACACUUUGGGGAAAGAAGAUCUCUUGCUUCAAAUUUCACGCGUGCUUAAAAUAAAGAUUUGGGUGUGGCCGGAGCGCUUGCAGACUAUGCAUCUUCUUGGUUUCCUAGACAUUUUUACAACGAACACGACUCUUACUAGAGUGAGAGCUGUUCCUCAAUAUAGCUUUAGCAUUGAAACAUUAGAAGCACUAAAUACAAUGCGCCCAACUAUAGGAAUUAUGCCUUCAGGUCUUCCAUGGGUAAAGAAACCCCUUCAAAAGAGUGAGCUUCUUUCUGGUUCUUUUUUGACAUCUCGUUAUAAAAGGGGAAGAUGGAGUGCAAAUAAUGAGGUCCAGAUUGAUAAGCAAAUUGGAAAUAUAGAACCUCUUGAAAAGAUUCACCAAUAUAUAUAUUCAGUUCCCUACUCUGAUCACUCAAAUUUUGCGGAGAUAGAGGAUUUUAUAAAGCUUGUCCAACCAACCAGCCUGAAGGGCAUUGUAUCUUCGUCGUCAUGCUAUAUUGAACCAAUGUACUAUUUUGGUCGACUUUGUCGAGUCAACCAACCAAUACAGCAGUUGCAUAACACUCAUAAAAGGAAAGAAAGUGGUAAAAGAGUAGGUGCGGUCAGCACCAAAACUUCAUUUGGAGGUGAUAAUGCUGAGUCAGAUAGAAAAAGAGGCAAGACUUUGAAGGCUAAGUUUUCAGGUGUUCGUGUGAGCAGGUUGAGUAUAUUGAGAAAAAGGCACCGUGGUGCUAAAAUUAAGGAAAUUAACAGUCCUGAUCAUGACUGAUAAUGCUUGGAAAUUAAGUUACAUAGCUGAUCAAGGAUGAUGUGCACGCAUGAAGUUCAGCACUGCUCUUGAUGUCCAUGGUGCAAGGUAUGAUCUACCUACUCCCCAACUCAGCUCCAGAAUUUUUAAUUGUACAUUAUAAAUCUCUGUUGAUA